AUGCGAAAUUCUGUUAGCGAAUCAAAGAAGAGGCUGAUAGCUCUCUCUCACUCUCUCUCUUUCUCUCUCUCUUUCUCUCGCUCUCUCACUUUCUUCCUUACUUUCUCUUUUACUUUCUAUCUCUUUUUCUCUCUCUCUUCUCCUAUCAAUCUCUCUCUCCCUCUCUCACUUUCUCCCUCUCUCACUUUCUCCCUCUCUCACUUUCUCCCUUACUUUCUAUUUUACAUUCUAUCUCUCUUUCUCUCUCUCUUCCCCUAUCAAUCUCCCUCUCUCUCCUCUCUCCCCCUGUCUCAAUUUCUCCCUUACUUUCUCUUUUACUUUCUAUCUCUCUCUCUUCUCCUAUCAAUCUUUUUCUCUCUCUCUCUCUCCCUCUCUCACUUUCUCCCUUACUUUCUCUUUUACUUUCUAGCUCUCUCUCUCUCUUCUCCUAUCAAUCUCUCUCUUUCUCUCUCUCACUUUCUUCCUUACUUUCUCUUUUACUUUCUAUCAUUCUCUCUCUCUUCCCCUAUCAAUCUCCCUCUCUCUCCUCUCUCUCCCCCUGUCUCACUUUUCCCUUAUUUUCUCUUUUACUUUCUAUCUCUCUCUCUCUCUUCUUCUAUCAAUCUCUCUCUCUCCCUCUCUCACUUUCUCCUUUACUUUCUCUUUUACUUUCUAUCUCUCUUUCUCUCUCGGUUGCCUCUCUCCUCUCUCUCUCUCUUUCUCUCUCUUUUGUCCUAUUAUUAA